AUGCUCUGCUGCCCCCUCACGUCCUCCUCCUUCUACCUGCUCAGUGGAUUUCUGGACGCUUUUGAUGGACACGCUGCUCGAGUCCUUAAUCAAGGGACUGGGUUUGGGGCCAUGCUGGACAUGCGGGCAGACUGCUGCUCCACAAUGUGUCUGCUGGUCAACCUGGCCCUACUGUACCCUCACGCCACCCUUCUCUUCCAGCUCAACGUGAGCUUGGAUGUGGCCAGCCACUGGCUGCACCUCCACAGUUCUGUGGUCCGAGGCAGUGAAAGCCACAAGAUGAUUAACCUGUCUGGAAACCCAGUGCUUUGCAUCCUCUACACCUCCAGACCUGCUCUAUUUAUCCUGGGUGCUGGAAAUGAGCCCUUCUACUGCGUUCUCCUCCGUCAUGGACCUUUAGUUGGCUUUGUGGGUCUUUUCCGAAUGUGCCUCUGGAUCACCACCUGA